AUGCUGUUGGAGGAGAAGAUGGCGCUGCCCGUGUUAAGAGGUUGCUACUGUAGCAGGCCGCCUUCAGUACUGAGUCGUUUCUUGAAACCUGUGCAGCCCCAGUCCAACAAGACUACUCGCCUGGUUCCAACUUUGUCCGUUGGUGUUGUGUCCACAGUCCGACCUUACAGCUCUGAUCGAGGUGGAGGUAAACAAAACCAGAAAGUGGUUGUGGUUGGCAUCCCCAACCCUUUCAUAUGGUUCCGAACCCGAAUAUACUACUUUUUGAUUCGGGUCUAUUUUGACAAGGAAUUCAAAAUCGAAGAAUUCACAGAGGGAUCGAAACAGGUACGCUACAAUCCGUGGAAUGAGUGCUCUAGCUAGUGGAAGCUAGUUAGACCAGAAAUACUUCAUUUCUUAAAGUAAGCCUGGCUAGACACAUCCCAUCUAGCCAAGAGAAACAACGUGGGCGUUACUUACUGCAAGCCAAGUUUUGUGCACAAUCCAGUUCUUGUUAAAUUUUGUGACUGUUUCCCCUUCUAAUCAUGAACAGUUAAACGUUUCCUUAGUGCAUCUUACGUAAUUCUUACGUUGUGUUAUAGCUCAAAUAUCAUGUUGUUGCAGGCAUUCUCCCAUGUUUCAAGACUGUUGUCGGGGAGUCAAUUUGAGUCUCUUGAAGGUCUGGUUGCUAAAGACGUGAGUAUUCUUAGACAUUUUUUCACAAAUCAUUUCAGUGUAGCAUUGACAGGGGAGCUGCUAGUGGGUUGGGGGUGGCAGCUAGCCCUAGCAGUUUAGAACAUUGUAACCGAAAGUUUGCUGGUUCAAAUCCUCGAGCCGACUAGGUGAAAAUUAUGUUGAUGUGCCCUUGAGCAAGACACUUAACCCUAAUUGCUUCUGUAAGUCGCUCUGGAUAAGAGCGUCUGCUAAAUUAGGGGUUCCCAAACUUUUUCACUCAGGCCCCCCUUCCAGCAUUGGGGAACAUCCCGCGCCCCCCACGUCUAUUUGUAUGGGCACAACCACUGUUCAUGACACAAACUGUUCACACCCCUCUUGUUAGUUUUUUUUUGUUGCAGUUUUAAAGCGAAUUUUCUUGCAAUUCUAUACAUUUUGCCAUGUCUAAUGUGUAUUUAUGUGAUAUAUGAGUGACUCAAACAUUACAACAUAUUCUAUGGGCUAAAAAACCUAGCUAAAAAAUGUUAGCUGACAUGAGCUAGUUGAUCUAGACAUUUCUGGCAAGUUAUAAAUGGCUCUUUAAGGCAGGGUUUCCAACAUUCGGUCCUGCCCCCCCACCCCACCCCACCCCACCCCACCCCACCCACCGGGUGCACAAGCUGAUUCAUAUAAUCAAAGCUUGAUGAUGAGUUGGUUAUUUAAAUCAGCUAUGUAGUGCUAGAGCAAAAAUCUAAAUGUGCACCCAGGAGGGGCCCAAGGACCGAGUUUGGGAAACCCUGCUCUAAGGUGUACAAUGACUGACAUGACGAGAGGAAAAUUGAUGAUGCACUACCCAAUGCUAACCCCCCCCCCUACUGUGCUAAAUGACAAAAAUAUCAAUGUCAACCGCAUUAUCUGCAGGCAUUAGGCCCUUUCUCAUAUUUCCUCUCUCCAUUUUCUCCCUCACAGCUGAUUGCAAAACUGGAAGAGAAAUGUGCUCUGCUCCCUCCCAGCCACCUACAAGCGCUUUCUGCAGAUCUGGAAGACGUGAUGUACACAACACCAGGGGAUGUUGGCAUCUAUUAUGAUGAUGAAGGUAAGAGCCAGGUUAUGUCUACACAGCAAAAAACAACAACACACUAAACCACAUACUCCUUUACCAUGACUGAUCAUUUCUGAUGUCAACAGUCAGUAAUAUGUUCUAACUAAAUGUGGGUGGAUUCCAAUAAAAUGAUGUAUUUCCUUCUGUAUUGACUUUGAUUGCAUAUCUGUAAGGCUUGAAUAAGUGAUUGGAUUAGUAGGCACUGUGCCAUUUCAUUUCAGAUUGGCAAAUGGGAGCUCACCAAGGGAAGGGAAUGAGUUAUCACAGUAGUCUCAUUCACCAGAGCCUGUAUGCCUGGUGUGCAAUACAUUAAUUUGCCAUAAGCACUGAAUGACCUGGCAUAGGUGUUUUUAGGGCUGGCACUAUUACUGUAUAACCGUGUAACUGACAUUUAUGGAUGAAGACUGUCAUGGAAAUAAAAUAACCGUAAAAAAAAAAAAAAUGGAACGAACAGCUGAUCGAAGACAGCCAGCAUUCGUGCGGUUGAGUCUGUUUCUGCGGUAAUGUACUAUUUACAACAUGAUGAAACUUUGUUACUCCUUGCUGAAACAAGCAACGCCCCCCUCCCUGCAGCAGCACACAUAGCAAUAGAAUGGAUACUAAACUAGUUAAAUGUCUUACCUGUUAUUUAAAUGUUUUCCACACACAUAUAGCUACUGUACGUGUAGCCUACUUGGACUCCGGGACCCCACAAUUUCCCACUCUCCCAUGCUGAAUAGCCUGAAGCCACAGGGCUCUCUUGCAGGCCCUAUUUCCCUAAGUGGGAGCAUUGCAAACCAUAGGUCGGAAUUUUGACCUGGUUAUUGAACAACACAGUAGCUUUUCGGCAUGUUUUGUUAUUUCUGUAUAACAAAAAACACUGGGGAUCAAUGGGAAAUACAUUUUGUUUUCUCCCAUUUGUGGGCGUGGUUGAAGGGAAUUUGUUAUUAUUACGUGAAUAUCGACAGAGUAUUGCUGCCUGGUAUUGUUAUGCAAUAAUUUCCAUGGUAAUGUAAAUGUUAAUUCAAAUUAAGUUAACAUGGCUCAUGCAAUGGAAUGUAUUUUUUGUAAGGUCAGUUGAGUUGAAUCAACAAAUCACAGCGCAUAUUGAUGGGUACAAGGUAGUGGGUUCAAUCCCCGGGACCACCCAUACACAAAAAUGUAUGCACGCAUGACUGUAAGUCGCUUUGGAUAAAAGUGUCUGCUAAAUGGCAUAUUAUUAUUAUUAUUAUUAUUAUUACCUAGCUUUUACUUCCUGCUUUGCUCCUAUGGGAACACUUGCAAUAGCCGCCAGUUCACCCAUUAUGCCAUCAUUGACUUGAAUGAGGACGCCCGUUCUAUUCAUUCUAUUUCUAUUGCCGCACAUGCAGUAAGGAAAGGAGGAGAGGAGAAAAUGAGCGUAUACAUUUUUUAUAAGCUAUUCAAACAGUUAUAACAGUGACCGCUUUCAUUUGGCUGACCAAUAACCGUCAUCCAAAAUGUCAUGACUGUCACAGCCCUACUGUAGGCAUUUUGUUGUUGUUCCAAGAACAUUUCUCUCUAUUCUUUCAGGGCGGAAGUUUGUCAGUAUUCUGAUGCGGUAUUGGUAUCUAACAAGUGCCCGGUUGCCUGAGGAAUCAUUGGAGGGAACACGCAUCUUUCAGGUGGCCAUAGGUGGUGAGGGUGCGCCGGAGACUAAGAGACUGCUCACAGCCAACUAUGAGUGAGUUUUUUGUUGUUGUUGUUAAAGUACAAUGUGUCACAGUUGAUUUAAUGGUCUGCAGUUGGAAGUGGCUGUGAUAAAGCAAUUCAUACUAAGUAUCUCUCUGACAAAUAGAAAGCACUAAGUCUGCAAACAGUCUCUCUGGGAUGAGCCCACUCUUAGAUCCUAAAUCUGUUUCCAAGGAACAACUACCUGUAGUAACCUCAUUUGCAUGACUGUCAAAUGUCUCACGUGCUUAAUGUUUAGACUUCCUGUUUAACAACCCUUUUAUCCAUCAUGGCUGUUUGCAGAUUCCAAAGGGAGUUUACUAAGGGUGUGCCACCGGACUGGACCAUCACCAGGAUAGAGCACUCCAAGCUGCUGGAUUAA